AUGCCCGAACUUCGCGAAGGCGAAAGCUCCGCUCACACACGACCAGGACCGAGGCGACGGCGGCGGCGUUUUCAGUUUCCACCAGCUGAACACAAGCCGUUCCAAUCAGUGAAGACUGUAUCAUUUCAAUUUAGCUGGGAUUCUCAGAUCAUGUCAAUUUUGCUGAGAAGUUCAAGGCGGCUUCCCGUUCCGUUGCUAAGGAUUUCGAGGACAAGGGCUUUGGCCAAUGUGGUUUCGAAGCCCUCUGUGGCAACGGGUGCGUUGAAGGCCGGCUUUUGGGUGGUGCAUGUGGGAGUACCUGCCAGUUCCAUGCGUCAUUUUAGUAGCAACUCAUAUUUGCUAGAAGAGUCUAAAGGCGAGGAGGAUAACAAAGAGCCAAGUGUGCAGGAGCUUACACAAGCCAGGGCCUUGAAGAAGGAGCUUGAAGCCGUCUACAACAAGAGAAAGAACUUGCAAGGAUUCUCCCAUAUUCUCGAUUUUGAAGAGUUGACGCAGAAAUAUGAUUUGAAUGAAAAAUCCAGGGUGUUGUUUACAUUGAAGAAAGUGAUGGAGGAGGAGCCAAGUUCGCUGAGCGAAGAAGACCGAGUCAUGCUUCUAUCUGCGUUUCUUCAACAUGUGACCCUGUCCUCGAUGGUCCCAAGAGGAGCCGAGAGGAAUCUUUCCACUUUCAAAGAGGCAUUUCAGAAAAUCUGGAACUUCGAAAAAGAGAGGCAGGAAGCGGAAUCGGGCGAUUCCGAGGGAAAAGCCUCAAAACCAGAGUCAAAUUCAAGUUCAAGUUCAAGUUCAACCUCAAACUCAAACUCCAAGUCAAGUGGUCCAGCUUCAGGAUCAACAAUUUCUCCAUUGGGUGGGGAUUCUUCAGGAAUAAAGAUUCUGGGAACCUUCGCUUUUCUGCUUGGUUUGAUGACGUUUUUCGUUGCUGCUAGCGAGACCCGUCAAAUAACCUGGGAAGAGUUUCGCACCCAGUUAUUGGACAAAGGAUACGUGGAAAGGCUCAUUGUUGUGAACAAGAACUUAGUUGAAGUUUACCUAAAUGAUGCUGGAAAGUCUCAGUCGCCUUUCGGUGGUGAGGUUGUAUAUUUUACCAUUGGUUCUUUGGACCGUUUUGAGAGGAAACUGAUCAAGGCCCAAGAAGAGAAGAGUGUCCAGGGAGAAUUCAGAGUUCCAGUUCAAUACGAGCAACGUGGAGGUUGGGUCAAGGUCGUGAUGAUGGUCUUGCCUACGUUGGCAAUGUUCGGUGGAUUGAUCUGGGUUAGCAAGAAGAUGUCCCCUAACCAGUUAGGCGGAGGUCUUUUCAGUGCAAGCAAGUCUAAAGCCAAAAAGUUCAAUGUCCAGAAGAGUGUCAAGGUAAAAUUUGACGACGUUGCGGGAUGCGAUGAAGCCAAAGAGGAAAUCAUGGAGUUUGUCAAGUUCUUGAAGAACCCAAAGAAGUACGAGAAAUUGGGUGCUAAGAUUCCAAGAGGUGCAAUCCUGUCCGGCCCACCCGGUACCGGUAAAACCCUUUUGGCCAGAGCAACAGCUGGCGAGGCUGGCGUCCCCUUCUACUCUGUUUCAGGAUCCGAAUUCGUUGAGAUUUUCGGUGGUGUCGGUGCUUCGCGUGUGCGCGAUCUUUUCAAAGAUGCCAGAGCUAGUGCUCCAAGUAUCGUGUUUGUUGAUGAGAUCGAUGCUAUUGGUAAGGCUCGUGGCCAAGGAAAGAUGGCCGGUUCGAACGAUGAACGUGAAAACACUUUGAACCAGCUUCUGGUCGAAAUGGAUGGUUUUGGAAGCAACGAACAUGUGGUGGUUCUGGCCGGUACCAACCGUGCCGAUGUGCUUGACCCUGCUCUGUUGAGACCUGGUAGAUUUGACAGGAAGAUUUACAUCGAUAACCCUGAACUUAGCGGUCGCCAGGACAUUUUUGCAGUCCACCUGAAGAAUGUCAAGGUUAAUCCAAAGAUUAACAUGGAGGACCUCAAGGGUAGACUCGCUACCAUGACACCAGGCUUCUCUGGUGCUGAUAUUGCCAACUGUGCUAACGAAGCGGCUUUGAUUGCUGCAAGAACCAACUCUGAUUAUGUCGAGGUGGAGCACUUCGAGCAAGCUAUAGAGAGGGUAAUCGCUGGUCUGGAAAAGAAAUCGAGAGUUUUGUCUCCAGAAGAGAAGAAGACGGUGGCUUACCACGAGGCUGGACAUGCAAUUUGUGGCUGGUUUCUAGAACUUGCAGAUCCUCUUUUGAAGGUUUCUAUUGUUCCGCGUGGAAGUGCCGCCCUUGGUUACGCUCAGUACCUACCAGCCGACGUCUAUUUGUACUCUGUCGACAAGCUCAUGGAUCGUAUGACUAUGACUCUGGGUGGAAGAGUGUCUGAAGAACUACAUUUUGACUCCGUGACCAGUGGUGCCUCUGAUGAUUUUGAGAAAGUCACCGCAAUAGCCCAAAAGAUGGUCAUAGAGUGUGGUAUGUCUGAGAAGAUUGGAUAUCUCAACUACAACCAAGACAGGGGAAAUGACAUGACCAAGCCAUACAGUGAUCGGACUGCUAAGCUUAUUGACUCUGAAAUCCACAGGAUAGUGGCAGAGUGUUACGAACGUUGCAAGAAACUGCUCACUGAAAAGUCCAAGGAAGUUGGACUGGUUGCUGAGGAAUUGCUUGCAAAGGAAGUAAUCACCAGAGAGGACAUGAUCAGGCUACUUGGAGAGCGCCCCUACCCAACGAGGAGUGACGCUUUCGACAAGUACCUGACUGACAAGAAGAUUAGAGAGGAAGAAAAACACAUACAUGAGGAGAAGAAGGAGGAGGAUGAAGGAGAGAAGCCCAAAGACGCAUGA